CUAUCACGGUCUUAAGUAUUGGAAACUUGUCGAUCUGUUUGUUUACGUUUGUCCCUAUAGGCGAGUCAUUGAAAUAUUUUUCAUUUAACAGGAUUUACGAACUAUUGUUUGUGAAAUACUAGAAUUAACACAUUAUAACUGGGAAGAUAAACUGAUGAACCAUCUUACACUAUUUAUCGUUUGCGAUAUUAUAUCGAAUUGAUUUGAGUUAAUAUUUAAUGAGAUAACCGACGAGACUUCGUUUGUACGUGAAUUUUAUUUUGGACACAGAACACACGUUUAACGUUUGUGUUGUAUGUAUAACACUUCGGAUAACAACAUGGCCGGUAUGCAGCCUUCCGAAGAUGAACAGAUUUUGGAGGAGGCGUUUAACCUCUUUGACAAGGACAACAACGGGAAGAUCAGUAUCAGCGAGUUCGGCAUGGUGCUGCGGGCGGUGGGCUUCAACCCUUCUGACAAAGAGGUGGAACAGUUUGUCCUGCAGCUCGACAAGGAUGGGUCUGGUCAGCUGGAGUUCAAGGAGUUCCGGAUGUUCUACAGCGACUACAAGAAGAAGCACAAGAACAACGAACAGGCCAUCGCAAACGCCUUUAAAGCAUUCGACAAGAACGGCAACGGUUACAUCGAGGCAAAGGAACUCAAAGCAAUCUUACACAACUGCGGCCAGAUCAUCUCCGAUACAGAGAUAGACGAGAUGAUCAGUGUUGCCGACUUUAACGCGGACGGAAAGAUAGACUACAAAGAGUUUGCGAAAUUUAUUUGCAAGCCGGUGAAGUAGAAAGAGAGCUCCAUGUGACUUUAGAAGUGCAGAGCACGUAAUGGCAGCGUACACAUAUCUGUGACGUCAUCGUCAGCUGUGACGUCAUUUCAAUUACAUGUAUUGAUGCCUUAAUGUACAUUGUAUAUGGUUUGUUUAAUACCUCGUUUAAAUAAGUGAUUUUUUGAAGUUUAGCAAAUGUGUUGUAUACAGAUGAACAUUUUUGGCAAAUAUGUGGUAUAAUAUUAUAUAAAUGAACAAGCUUGCAAACAUUAUGUAUGGUUGGUUUUUGUGUCAAGAAAAUGCUAAAAAAAUAUUUCGAAAUGGUAAUGGGACUAACUUUACACGUUUUUAUCAUAAAUGCACAGUCAAAUUACAAUGUCUCUAAAGGUUAUGUUGUUUUAAAAUACGCACUGUAAAGUUAUUAUGUACGCGAUAUCCCCUGCAACUUUGUAAUUGUCACAGACAGAGACUCAUUGAGGCUAGAUCUUCAUUAACGAAACCAAAUGGGAUUGAUUAGUCGUUUGUGUAGGUAGGUCUAUGAUACAGAGUCUGUCCCAUGUAAAUAUUGUAUUUGUAUUUUUCUCAUUUUUGUUUAUACGGAUCUGCUUAAGGAUUUUAGUCAACGCAGUGAUAGAAUUAUAAUGCAUUAAUUGAUAAUUGUUAAUUUGCAAUGUUUGAAAAUGAUUCACACAUGUGUAAAAUCCCUAUCAAUCUUCCUCUAUCCACACCGCUGUUAUUAUGCUUAACAUUGUCGCCAUAGUGCUCGUAAAAUUUCGAAUAUUGAACAAGUACAGUAAUAUGAUAUACAUGAACAUGAACGUAAUAUUACAUCCAACAUGGAGUUGAGGUACUUAAAUGUUUACUUGUUGUAAUACGAGAACAUCUCUUAAUGUACUAUCGGUAAUCCAAUGUGACCCUUUUUUGCUAGUACGGUUUGUAAGAAUCCAUUUUAUCAAAUAAUCCUACCCAAUAUCUAAAUGUAUGUUCAUUCAAAUUUUAGACAAUUCUUACUUUUCUCUUGUGAGUAUUUGCUAAUAUUUCUGCUUCCGUAAACAUGUAUAUACCGACAUGAACAUUGCAAUACUUAUUAUCAAAAAUCAAUUUUUAUUUAAGGAUACGCUCAAGUAGCUAAUGUAGAUUCUUUAUUUGCUCGUAGAUCGUAUUGCUUAUUUUUAUGUUAACACUUUUUACGCAUUAAAUAGGAUGUAUACAUGCCUUUCAUGAUUUGUCCGAGGGCGAAUUAUUACCCAAUUUGAUUUUUGCCGAACUAUUCAUUGACUUUUGCAGUCCUUGAUUGACGAUUUACUAAAAACAAUAGCUCGAAAUACGACUGGUCUGUUUUAUCUGCCAGCAGUUUUUUUGCCUUAUUUUACAUGCUUUAUUUUAUGAACUUUUUGUCGUUAUUCAUUAUCAAAUCAACGGAAAUACAGAUAGUUGGCCUACUCGAUAGUAAAAUGGCAGGGUUUAUUUAAGGAAUGAAUGAGUAUUUAGUUAAACAAAAUGACUGUGUUCUGCAUUUAAUUAUGUCUAAUAUUUGAAUCAGUAUGCACAUCGAAUAUAAGAACGAGUCCAUUUGUUUCUCUGAGCAAUGGAUGAAGGAGUUGGUAAAGUUAUGGUUAUACUUAUACAGUUAUAGUUACACAUUUAUACUUAUCCAGUUAUACUAAAACGUGAUUACUUUUUCAGUUAUAUUUUCACAGUUACAGUAACACAGUUAUUCUUAAACGUUUAUACUGUUUCAGUUAUAUGUUCACAGUUAUAGUUAUACUUACAACGUUAUACUUAUACGGUUAUACUUACACAAUUAUACGUUAUACAGUUAUACUUGAACAUGAAUAUUUGAUUGUUUUGAAACUUCAGUCGCGUUACACUUACUGAGAAUGCAAUUACACUACAUGUACAUAUUUUAUUGUUAAUCAUCAGUGUUAUUGACGCAUAUUCUGAUCAUUUCGGUGUCAUUCAAACUCUUAUAUAAACAAAUCAUCUUAGUAAUCCAAUAGAGCGUGCACUAAUGUGCGAUGUAUGUAAAAUAUAGAUGAACAAGAUAUUUGGGAGAUAUGCGGUGGUGCUGAAGAAAGAAGCUUUGGUUGCGGGUCAGGAUAAAACUCGGCAGCAUAACACGUGCCAAAGUGUACUUUACAUUUUGUAAGAUUAUCAUUUUUGUAAUUAUAUUCUUUCUUCUUGUACGUUUUUAUAUUAGAAUGUAAAUUAAUUAACAUAGAAUAAGAUAAUUAAAAUACUAAAAAAGAAA